AUGCACGCUAAGAUCGUUCUUACUGCCCUCUUCGCCGCCAUGGCGAUGGCCAACCCCGCUGUUCUGCAGUCUGAUUCCUCAGAGCACCCCAAGCUCAUUGGCCGUCCCAAGGGUAACAACCCCGGCUCUGGAGCUAGCUGCUGCUCGUCUACCCCUGGUGUCUGCCAGUCUUCAUGCCUAGAUAUCUCCGUCCACGACUCCGAAGAAGGGCCACACCUAGUAGCGCCACAGAUGCUCCACUGUGCCGUAUCCAACGCUUAA